AUGCAAGAAAACACAAUAGUUCAAUAUAUUUUAAUAAAUAAAGAAAUUUUAGAUAAAAAAUGGCCUUUAGGAUCUAUUAUAGCGCAAGCUUGUCAUGCAUGCAUUGCAGUGAUAGCUGAGAACAUCGACGAUCAAAUAGUAAAAGAAUAUAUAUCGGCGGAAAAAAUAAAUAACAUGCAUAAGAUUAUUUUAAAAGUUGACGACUCGAAUGAGCUAAAAAAGUUAUCAAGUGUUUUGGAUAAAGAAUCUUUGAAAUAUAAAAUUUGGAUUGAGUAUCCAGAAAAUGUGUUGUCAGCUGUUGCAAUAAAACCAUAUUAUAAGGAUACUGUAAAAGAUUAUUUCAAAAAAUAUCAAUUAUUAAGAAAGUUAUAA